AUUUUGGUCUUUCUCCAGAUUCAAUGUGAAACAAUUUUCCUUUUAUUUUACAGUCAGGCAAACAUUACCACGUCAAUGUCCCCAAAGCUACCAUUCUAUGUAAAUCAUGGUUUUCUUUCCGGUCAAAUUGAGUUUUUCAGUUUCCACUCCUACUCAAUGCUCAUGGGAGGUGCCUCCCCUGGAUCCUCAACCCAUUUUCCACUCCCUAUAAAUACUAUUCUUCAGCUCAAAUUCUUAGUUUCAUGGAGAAGAAGACUUCUGAAUCUUGCGGUUUCAGCUCAAAUUCUUAGUUUCAGCUAAGAUAGAGAGAUUUUAGGGCAGAGGAAGAAAGGGACACGAGAGGGUAGACAAGAGAGGACAAAGAAGGAGAAUUAGCGUGGAAGGGAAAGGGGUUAUCGUGCGAGAGAGACUUAGAAUGAAAGGUGACAAGCAGAAAACAGAGAGAGAACAAUUAGAGAGAGAGGGAUGGAGAAAAAACAGUUAUCAGCCACAUGUAGUAGCUGUCCUCUGCAAAUCUAGGUUUAGUUCCAUUUGAAGAAAAAAACCGUUACCAACCACAUCUAGUUUGUGUAGUAGCAGUCUUCUGCAAAUCUAGGUUUAAUUCCAUUUGAAGAGUAAUAUUUUGCAGAAGAGUUGGGGUUUUUUUUUGUAAAUCUAGGCUUAGUUCCAUUUUGCUAUAGUUGCAGAAAAGAAAACGAGUUUUUCUGUGGUUCUCUGUAAAUAUUUGGGUUUUUAAGCCAUGGCAGGUGGGGGUGGUGGGGAUUCUAGGACUUUGGAGCAAACCCCAACUUGGGCUGUUGCUGCUGUUUGUGCAGUUAUCCUUUUAAUCUCCAUCUUAUUGGAGAAGGGCCUUCAUCAUGUGGGAGAGUGGUUCACAAAGCGGAAGAAGAUGUCCAUGUUUGAAGCUCUGGAGAAGGUUAAAGCAGAGCUGAUGAUUCUUGGUUUCAUUUCAUUGCUGCUGACGUUUGGGCAGAGCUAUAUUGCCAAGAUUUGUAUUCCUGACCAUGUUGCAGACACGAUGCUUCCAUGCAAGGCUGCAAAUGUAAAAACGAAUAAAAAAUUUUCAAAAAGGUUUUUGUUUGAUGAAUUAUUCGUAAAUGGUGUACGACGCAGCUUGGCUGGUGCUGAUUCUACAGCUUCAUGUUCCAAGGGAAAGGUAUCACUUGUCUCUACAAAUGCAAUACAUCAGUUACACAUCUUCAUUUUUUUCCUUGCGGUCUUUCAUGUCAUCUUCAGUGCUGUAGUGAUGGCCCUUGGAAGAGCGAAGAUUCGCAGGUGGAAAGAAUGGGAGAAGGAAACUCAAUCCCUAAACUACGAAUCUUCACAUGAUCCUACGAGAUUCAGAUUUGCUCACGAUACAUCCUUUGUGAGAGCACACUCAAGUUUCUGGAAUAAGAUACCUUUCAUUUUCCACAUUGUAUGCUUCUUUCGACAAUUCUUCCGUUCAGUGCGAAAGGCUGAUUACUUGACCAUGCGACAUGGUUUCAUUGCUGUUCAUUUGGCUCCUGGCAGCAAGUUUGACUUUCAAAAAUAUAUAAAAAGAUCAUUGGAGGAUGACUUCAAGGAGGUCGUGGGGAUCAGUCCAGUUCUAUGGGCUUCAGCUGUGAUCUUUUUGCUUCUUAAUGUGAAUGGUUGGUAUGCACUGUUCUGGGUAACCUUAAUUCCCUUAGUAAUAAUCUUGGCUGUGGGGACAAAGCUCCAAGCUAUCAUCACAAACAUGGCCCUUGAAAUCCAAGAAAGGCAUGCUGUUGUCCAAGGAAUGCCACUCGUGCAACUCAACGACAAGCACUUUUGGUUUGGUAGCCCUAAGUUGGUCCUCUUUCUCAUUCAUUUUACUCUUUUUCAGAAUGCAUUUCAGAUCGUUUAUUUCUUGUGGAUUUGGUAUGAGUUUGGGCUGAAAUCUUGCUUCCAUGAGAACUUCCGGCUUAUCAUUGCAAGAGUGGCUACCGGGGUGGGCGUCCAGUUUUUGUGUAGCUAUAUCACGCUCCCCCUCUAUGCACUUGUAACACAGAUGGGUAGUCACAUGAAGAGGUCGAUCUUCGAUGAGCAAACAUCGAAGGCACUUAAGAAGUGGCACCAAGCAGCCAAGAAGAGGCAAGGGAGGUCGAGCUUGUCACGGUCCAAUGGUGUGAGCCCAGCGGCUUCUCCUUUUCAUCCAUUGCACCGCUUCAAGACCGUUGGCCACUCAGCACGUUCAGCUCCCUCUGGGGCGGGAUACUACUCAGAUGGUGAUCUCUCAGAAGUGGAGCCCGAUGCAUCGCCUCGAGAGUCCCUGGUCACUGUGCUCAUCCCUAAAGAUGAGCGCCAUGAUUCAGCAGAGGCUUCUUCUACAGAGGUUAUAACCCACCAUCAGGUCCACCCUGUGGACGAGCAUGUCAUUGAAGAUGACUUCAGUUUCCCUAGACCAUGAGAGAGAGAGACCCACCCUGAGAUUGGUGUGGUACCUGUUUUGCAAGGCCAAACCCCUUUCGAAGUUGGCAUGGAUUUGGUGUAACAUAUGUUCAAUUUAUGAUUUAUUGCUUUCUUUGUAAUAUUUUGGAGAUUUAAAUACGCCUAGAGAAAGAAAAUUAGAAAAAUGCAUGCAGAAAUAUUGUCUAGAGAAAGAAAAUUAGAAAAAUGCAUGAAGAAAUAUUCUUUCAUUGGGCUGAAGCCUGAAGGGAAGAUUUUGAGGAUGUUUGGUCAUCUAGAAAUUUGGCAGCAGUCUUGCUUUUAGUGGCCUCA